UGACCGAAGGUAUAAAUUGAUUUUGAAACUGAUUGAAGACUUCAGUUGAACGUUCCACCGAUCUCCACUGUGGGUAUACUAAAUUACGUUAGAUAUCAUUUUUAACAUCGAAUAUAUCAAAUUAAAUCAAAUUAUUACUGAUAAUCAUAAAUAAAUAAUAAAAUGAAAUACUCGCUGGGAUACUGUUUGCUUCUUUGCCUCCUGUUAACGAGAGUACAAACGAAACCGCAAAUAACGAAAUUAUUUCCAAUCGAAGAAAUACCUACGAACGAUCAUCGUGAAAGCAACAACGAGACGAGAUUGUUCGACAAGUUGCUUGGAAAAUUACGUUCAACUUACAAUUUUGUAUUUCAUAAAACCGACGACAAUGCUAAUAAUAAGACAAACGUCAAAAAGAUAUCCGUCGAUAAAACACCUAAUUCCAAUUUAGAGGCGUAUAAAUUUAAUUGGAAUAAUCCUAAUUUAAAAUUAACGAAACAAGUGGAAAAUCCAAAAGAAGAAGAACCCGUAUAUCAAACAAGAAUACAAACACUUUACGAUACUCCAAGGAAUGAUAGAUUCGAUGAAUUGCAACCUUUAGAAUCUUUGGAACCUUUGAUGCCAUUAGAUUUCAACGAAGAAGAAAACGAAAAUAUUAAUAAAAACGACGAAGUCGAAUUCGUAACGCCGGCAACGAAUUCAAAUUUUUCGGCAACUCUCGGUCGCCAUUUCGUAGAGUGGCUCGGUUCUCUUCUAGGAAUUUCUUACGGAAUUUAUGCUAAAUUUACAAGAGCCAUUCAUAAUAACAACACGCUUUAUUAGGGUCAAUGGCAUACGCGAACACUCGGACUUUUGUUUUUUUCUUCUAACAUUGAAAAAGAAGAACAAACAAAUUGAUAAUAAAAAUGAUUUGUGUAUGAAGUUAUAUUAUAUUACAAAUAAUUUUAUACUCACUUGAUGAUUAGUGUGCCAUUUCCUGUAAUAUAAUAAACGUUAUUUUAAUAAAUAAACAA